CAGCUCUCCCAGCCUGGUCCUGAAGGCCGAGGUCAGGAUGAUGCAGCAGAUCCUCCGAGACAUGUACGUGCAGCCCGAGCUGCUGGCGGAGCUGAACGAGGUUCAGAAGCAGAUCCUCUUCUACAAGAUCCGACAGGAGCAGGUGCGGCGCUGGACGGAGCGCGAGAGUCAGGAGGAUGGCUGGGAACGGAGCCCAGCUCCACCGCGGCAAGAGGGUGAGAGAAAGUGUGUGCAGUGGCUGCAUGGCGGUGACGGUGAGGUGUGGGUGUGGGUGAUGGGUGAAGAUACUGGAGACAAACCUUACGAGCAGAUCAUCAGAGAGCUGAUUCAGAAGAGAGCCCGACGGCAGGCCCAGCUCGAAGCUCAGGAACUGUGGCAAAGAAAAGAAGCAGAAAUCAAGCAGAAGUUCAGAGAUGCUGUAGCUAAGGAGAAGGCUCGGCUGGUUGCAGGGAAGUGGAAGGAGGAAGCGGAGGACAGGAAGGCGGCUAAACGUGAGGAAGAACGAAUACAGGAAGAGCUGAAGCGGCGGGAGGAGGAGGAGCGGCAGAAAGGAGAGGAAGAGGUGCGGCGUGUGGAGGAGAAACGGGCGCGAGAGCUAUACAUCUCCCUGGAGCGAGAGCGGAAGAACAGCGAGCAGGAUAAUAAAGAGUGGGAAGAACAAUUGCGGCGCUCGAAGGCUGCAGACGAGGAGAUGACGAGGAAGGCCCAGUGGGCGAGAGACGAGUAUAAGCGACACUCUCUCCGAGCUAUUGAGCAAGGUCAUGUGGCCGUCCUCAGCGGGCACUUCCAGCAGCAGCAGCCCCACAUGGGCAGGAGGCACAGUUCAGCCAUAGAGCAGAGCGAGAAACCAUCACCCUGCAGCGAGAGCCGUCCUCGACCUGGCCUCCAGCCUGCGGCUCCGCCCCUCUACCGCCGGAGACAGAGCCGCAGGCACAGCACCAUCGCGACCCAGCCGCUGAUGGACAGUCCUGCCUGGGUGCGAUCUCCUCAUCCAAACUGCAGAGAGUCUGUUAUAUUGUGGUUCUGUGAAGACCAGAAGCCCAAGCGAGCCGGCUACGAACGAAACAGUGACACCAUCGCCCCCUGGUUUCACGGAAUCAUUACGCGAGAGGAAUCCGAGAAGUUACUGAUGAACGAGGCUGAAGGGUCGUUCCUGGUCCGUGUCAGCGAGAGGAUUUGGGGAUACACUCUAUCGUAUCGCACGGCCAGCGGCUUUAAGCACUUCCUUAUCGACGCCUCGGGCGACUGCUACAAUUUUCUGGGAGUCGACCAGAACCGCCACGCUACUCUUACUGACCUCAUCCACUUCCACAAGGAGGAAGUCAUCACCACCACGGGGAAGGAGCUGUUACAGGAGGCCUGCAAACAGACUUCAUCCACUGGAGACUAUGGAGGACUCUUCCCAUAACUUCCCCAGACCUUCAACUGGGCACCAUAUCAGCUAUUGUUAAUGACGUUUACAGUGAAAGUGUAUUUUGUAUUUAAGCUAAUAUAUUAGAUACAUAAGCUAAUGUGUUUCAGUGAGCACCGUGAAGCAUGACGUACGGAUAUACUGAACUUGUGGACGGCAGUUGAUGCACUCUGUGGAAAUGAAAAUGGCCAUGCCAGGAUGGUCGUUUGAACACAUGGUCUUCCUAUCUACGAAUGGAAUUAUAUGAAUUAAUUUGCCUUGGAAUAUAUAAAAAAAAUCCCAACAUUACAGUAUGAAUUUAUGUAUUUGAUGAUGCUCAAAUGCACAAAGACUUG